AAAUGAGUUUUACUGCUCCAGGACACCAAACACCGGUAAAUCUGUCACUUUGUAGCUCCUCAUUAAAGAGGAAGAUGCUGCCAGUGCGGUCACUCGACAGUGAUGGCUGCAGGUUCAUGCCUCUGGUGGUGCUGGAGCUGGCCUCGGACACCAAAGAGGAAGCCAUCGUGUGGCUGCUGGGCAGAAUAAGAGACCAGCAGCAGAAUGGAGGUGCCGAACUGCUGGUGGAGCAGCUCGGUCCUGGAGCUGCAGCUCUGGAGAAAGAAAAUCCAAACGUAUUCCUGGUGGGGGCAUCGUGGCAGAGGCUGCUCACUGGUGCUGAGGACAUGGGACUGUUCAAAGAGUUCCACGACGGCUCCAUGAGGACCUUCACCUACACCAACAAACAAAACUUCAAAGACUUUAAAGGUGAUGGUGAUGGCUUCCUCAGCACUGCAGAAUGUCAGCUCAUCAUAAAACAUGAGUUGGACACAUUACGAGCCAAAGAUGAGACCCAUGUGCCAGGAUAUACCCACGCCAAGCUGUACCCCGGGAAAUCCAUCAUUCGCAGACUGCAGUCCAAAGGCAUCCUGGUCCAGAUGUUCCCUCUUCAUGAAAAGGAGAAACUGAAGAAACUUUCUUUUUCCUGGUACAACAAAGCCAAGUUGUCCCUUCAGCCUAUCAAUGACAUCAGACAGUAUUACGGGGAAGGCCUAGCGCUGUACUUUAGCUUCCUGGAGUACUUCACCUUUGCCCUCUUACCCAUGGCUCUCUUUGGUGUGCCUUACUACCUGUUUGACUGGGAGGACUACGACAAAUACGUUGUGUUUGCUGUGUUCAACUUGAUCUGGUGCACUGUUAUGCUGGAGGUAUGGAAGCGGCACAGUGCUACACUAGCUUACUGCUGGGGCACGCUGAGCAGGAAAAAGGCCUUUGAAGAACCUCGACCCGGUUUUCACGGUGUGCUCGGGUUCAACCCUGUGACAGGUCGGGAAGAGCCGCUGUACUCCAGUACCAAGAGGCUGCUUCGUGUCUACCUGGUGUCUCUGCCUUUUGUCCUGCUCUGUCUCUACAUGUCGCUCUACGUCAUGAUGAUCUACUUCAUGAUGGAGGGAUGGGCUCUGGCAGUCCAUGAUGAGGACCCGACCUUUUGGACAGGAAUCUUGGUCUUUAUUCCCAGUGUCAUCUAUGCUGUGGUCAUAGAAGUCAUGAACCUGAUCUACAGAUAUGCUGCAGAGUUUCUCACUAAGUGGGAAAAUCACCGACUGGAGUCUUCCCAUCAGAAUCACCUGGUUCUCAAAGUUUUAGUAUUUAACUUUUUCAACUGUUUUGCCUCGUUGUUCUACAUUGCCUUUGUGAUGCAGGACGUGGUGCUGCUCCGACAGAGUCUGGCCACGCUGCUGAUCACCAGCCAGAUCUUGAACCAGAUCAUGGAGGCCUUCCUGCCCUACUGGCUCCAGAGGAGACGCAACAAGAAGAUGAUCCGCAGAGUCCAGAAGAGGAUAACCCUGCUGGAUAAGGAGCUUCCUCUGGCUGACCAGGUCAGGCUGGAGGCUGACAUGAGCACAUACUUGGGUACGUUUGAUGACUAUCUGGAGCUCUUCCUGCUGUUCGGUUACGUCAGUCUCUUCUCCUGCGUCUAUCCUCUGGCUGCUGUCCUCGUUGUGCUGAACAACAUCACUGAAGUUUAUUCUGAUGCCUUCAAGAUGUGCCGUGUGUUCAGACGACCCUUUUCCGACCCAGCAGCCAACAUCGGAGUUUGGCAGCUUGCCUUCGAGGCCAUGAGUGCCAUUGCUGUUGUGACCAACUGUGCGCUGAUCGGGAUGUCUCCACAAGUCAAGGCUUACUUCCCCGAGUCACCGACGCAGCUCAUACUGUGGACAGUCGCUGUUGAGCACUGUCUGCUGGCCUUCAAGUUCAUCCUGGCCUUCCUCAUCCCAGACGUUCCCAAACACAUCCGGAUUAAACUGGCCCGCUUGGAGUUUGAAUCCCUGAAGGCCCUGAAGAAAAAGAAAAUGCUUGAAGCCGCGGAGCUCAAUAAGAGCGUGCGCUGAGGACCCGACCCAACCCUGCAGACCUCGAUGGCUUCACGCCGACUUCUAAAGCCAAAGUGUCUCCCGGCAGCCUCAUUUAUUCUCUGGUUUGUUUAUGCGGAUUCUGAGCACAGAGACGGAACUUGAGCGCCGACUCCUCACAUGACCCAGUGCCGGCGCCACUGCUGCCAGGUCGCUCCACCUUAUCUUUAAACCAACUCCACCAGUUUGUUGACCUCUUGAUUGCGGUUUUAUUUUAUUUAUCCACCUCCAUGGUGACUGUCAGCCUGUAUGUUGCCAUGGAAAUGCCUUAUGGCUGUUGUUUUUGUUAAUUGUUGGUUUGUGUUAAUAUUCAUGAUGCAUCCCUUUGUUGGUCUUCAGCGUUUUUACAUUGUUAUAACUCGCUGAAUGCUGAACCACCAACAUUGUGACCUGAAUCUGUCAAUUCUCACUCAGAAAUCAUGAGUUUGUGCUGCUUAUAAAUUUAUUUUCACAAAGUUGCUGAGAUAAAUUUAUGCCGCAACUCGUUGUCGAGUUGCUGGUUUAUGUUAUUCGCCCACAUGGUGGCACACUACAGGGUGCAGGAAGUCUGCACUCCAGUUCUUCUGUCUGUCUGUCUGUCUGGCUGACGUACUGUCAAGCUUUUAUUUUGGAAGCAGAAAAAAAGAAAAUGUGGCAAAGGUUAAAGUUUCUCCCUGUUUUAAUGUUUGAGGUUUUUUCUUUUUUUGUAUCAAAGCUACUUAAAAUGAACAAAGCUGGAGUUUGACUUUCUGCUCUGUGAAGUCAUGACAGAGUUUCUCCAUUCAGCUUUACUUUUAAAAAAGGGAAAUGAAAAAGAAAUAAUCUGAUUUUCAUUUCAUAAUACAGAAAAAUAACCCCCCCCCCCCCCCCCCCCCAAAAAGCAAAGAAAAUUGUAACUUUCAGCGUAAAAUCUCGUCAUCUGAAU